UUUGAAUAAAUUAAAUACUUAAAACAAGUUGGUAAAAUUUUUGAAAGUGAUCAUAUUUUAUAUAAAAAAUAAAUAUUAUUUUGUGUUAAAUAGUGGAUUGUAUUUCAUAGUGACAAAAUGCCAAUUCGACGCAACCAGGUACAAGUUCUUGUGAAAUGGAUUCUCGAGAAUCAGCACAAAUUGCAAGCCGUUCGGAGAUGCAGCUCGUCGUUGCGGUACAAAGAGUUGGAGGAUGCGCAGGCGCAGAAUGAGCACGUGGCGGCCGGGGCGGCGCCGGACACGCAACCACGCCCACACGCCACACCUGAAAACAGCUUCAAGUAUGACGACUUGAGUGUGAGGCUAGCAGCGCCGUACCAGCUGCAGCCCAAGCCAGAAGCGAGCGACCUCGGCUUCGGGAAGUACUUCACCGACCACAUGCUCAGGAUCCAGUACCACAAAGAGCUCGGAGGCUGGCAGAAACCUGAAAUAACGCCUUUUGAGAAUUUAUCUUUACACCCCGCAGCGAAAGCGCUUCACUAUGCGAUACAGUUGUUUGAAGGCAUGAAAGCGUACAGAGGGGCUGAUGAUAAAAUAAGAUUGUUUCGACCAGACUGCAAUAUGGAUAGAAUGAAUUUAGCGGCACAGAGGUCAGGCCUGCCCAUGUUCGACGGAGAAGAAUUAGUCAAAUGUAUAUCGAGGCUCAUACAGAUAGACCAAGAGUGGGUUCCGCACUCGGAAACUUCCACGCUGUAUAUACGACCUACAUUAAUAGGAACUGAGGCGACCUUCGGUAUUAUGGCACCAGAGAGUGCAUUACUCUUUGUAAUCCUGAGUCCAGUGAGCGCGUACUACAAAGCCAGUCAGGAUGGCGCGGUGUCAAUAUUCGCAGACCCUAACGUCGUGCGCGCUUUUCCGGGAGGAGUCGGCAAUAGGAAAGUAGGCUCUAACUACGGACCAACUAUAGAGGCCACGGCAAGAGCGGCAAAAUUAGGUCACCACCAAGUAUUGUGGCUGUUCGGGCCAAACCACGAACUCACUGAAGUCGGCGCUAUGAACAUAUUCGCAGUAUACGUUAACGAACAAGGAGAUAAGCAGUUGUGCACGCCGCCGCUGAACGGUCUGAUCCUGCCGGGCGUGACGCGGCGCUCGAUCCUGGAGCUGGCCAGCCAGUGGGAGGAUCUUACCGUCAAGGAAGAGGUGCUCACCAUGGAACGAAUAAUAGAACUGAAUAAAAAAGGACGAUUGCUGGAAAUGUUCGGCGCGGGAACAGCUGUAGUAAUAAGCCCAAUCAGUAGGAUUGGAUUCCUCGACACCCACAUACACAUCCCCACCAUGAAGCAGCCGCAGCCAGUGUUCCAGCGGAUCAAAGACACGUUGCUCGCCAUACAAUACGGCCAUAUAGAGCACCCUUACGCCCGUGUCAUACUGUGAGCCGCACUCGCAUGCGCCUACGCGCAUGAUCACGAUCACUUUUAUUAGUGAAAGACUUCAUAGUGAUUAUUUUUUAUUACACGUGGACGAUAAUUACGCAAUAUUAUGUUUGCAUUACGUGACUUUCUAUCGCCGAAAGUUUUGUUUGAACAUUAAAUAAUACAACUGAUAAGGAUAAGUUAAGGUUAUACCGAGCGAUGGGGCCAACGAUGUUUACGAAUUUAAAAUACUGCGCAUUAUUAUGUAUGACAUGUCGCUUUUUUCACCGUUAUCGUGGUGCCAUUACGAUAUCAUUUUGUAAAUGUUUAAUUUAUUAUCUCUAAGAAUAUUUAAAUAAGAGCAGUUCUACAGAAUUCCUGUCUAUGUCGCUAGACUAUUUGGCAUUUUUACACCACAAACAUGCAUUUUAUAAAUUUUAAAAUUAACAGGUUAAUAUUGAAUAGGUAUAUUUUGUAAGUCAUUGACAUACGAGGUCCACUUCGUACGAUUAAAUUUAUUAACGCGAUGUGAAUGACCACUGAAAGUGCGGCGUAGUAUACCUAUGCAUUGUAAUUAUAUGUCCCUUAUUUGUAUUCAGCUCAAGGGCGACAGAUAUUCAGAUUUGGCACUUGUUAAUUUAUUUAGUGACGGUCAAUCGCAUUUCAUUUUGGAAAUUUACAGUUGAUUAGAAUAUAUUUUUAAUGUUUUAAUUAUGUCCUGCAAUCUAUCUAUUGGUAAACCACACUUGUAUUGGUGUGUAUUGGUAUCUAGAUACGGCGAGGCUAAUUAAAUAAGAAGGAUAACUUAUAUAAGUAAUUCAUAGAUUAUAAUGGAUCAUGAUCAUUUAAUAAAUUAUAAUAAUUUGCAUUUAUGGAAUGAGUGUUAAAUAUGUGUAAUUAUAUGUAAAUAUCUGAAUAUAUCUGAACUAUAAUGAAACAAACUGUCUCUAAUCGGGGAGAGAUGUUACGGGCCAUUCUAUCUGAGAAGAUAAUGUGGAAUAACUUCAAAUAUUACAAAUUAGAGUAUAGUCCUUAUCCAGUGGGAACAUACAGACAGUAAAAAAGUACAUUUACUACUGUAUCGAUAUUAUGUUUUAUAAUUAUGGAGUGUAGCUACGUAAAUAUGAAACCGGAGAAAACCUUUUAAAAAUUAGUCUCAAUGGUAGUAAAUAAUAUUUAUUUUAAAUCUAUCUUGUUGGGAUUGUUUUGUUGUAAGUCGAGACUUAAUGCUUACCUUACAGGAUGAUACUCAGUAUUAUUUUUAACGCGAAAUUUCUACGGCUACACGCCCUGGCCCCUUGAAAAAAAUGAAAAUGAUGUUAAACCGUUAUUUAUUUUUACAUUUAUAUUGAUGUGAUAUUUAAAUUAUAUGACGUGAACUCCUAAUGCAAGCUGAAAUACAGUUUGACCCCUAUUCUACUAAGAGAACGCGGCGUACCUGAAAUUAUGAGAUAGACUAUAAUUAUGAGUGUGACUGUAUUUUUUGGUUUUUAGUGUUCCAGUGAAUCAGGGGCCUUCAAACUAGGCCAUAAUUAAUAAAAUUUUACUUGAAUGUAGUACGGCUAGAAACGUACAAAGCAUACAUAAAUGCUUAAAGGCAAUAAACAAAUUGAAAUUAUGAAGUAGCAAAGGAGAAAAUAUAAAACAAGACGUUGUUGUUCUAGUCUAAGAAUCUGUAAGCAAUACAAUCUCAGCGUUGUAUUAAUACAUGUGAAUAAAGAAGUAAAUUUUUUAA